AGCUGAACAGGAGAAUGUGAGGCGAGAAAGGAACAAGUGUGUGUGGGUGUUUGAAGCCGGAGCCACUGGCCUGAAAUGAAGGUGAAAGCCGCAGCACAAUAAAAACAAAGCGUCGGGAUCAGUGCCACCAUGAACGGGAGCGAAGUCUACAACGUGUCCGGCAAUGGAACCAUUGGGACGCCGGGCAGCUCCACGCUGCUCGACAAAUCCAUUAAUAUUUUAGUGGUCGUCAUCCUCUUCAUCACGAUGAUAUCCCUCGGCUGCACGAUGGAGAUCUCUAAAAUCAAGGUUCAUCUUUUGAAGCCAAAAGGAGUCGUCAUUGCCCUGCUGGCCCAGUUCGGCAUCAUGCCCUUCACUGCUUUCUGCCUGGCCAAAGCCCUGCACAUGGAUCCCAUAAAGGCCAUUACUGUGCUCAUUUGCGGCUGCUGUCCGGGGGGAAGCGUUUCAAACAUUUUUGCUCUGGUCCUACAGGGUGACAUGAACCUCAGCAUCGUGAUGACCACUUGCUCCUGCAUCGCGGCGCUGGGUCUGAUGCCUUUGCUGCUGUAUAUCUGCUCCCAGGGCUUCCCCGGUCUGGAAAAGGCCGUGCCGUACGUCGGCAUCAUCAUCAGUCUCUCGUUCAUCCUGGUGCCCUGCGCGAUCGGCAUCCUGAUCAAUCACUACAGACCAAACUACUCACCGAUUGUCACCAAAGCUGGUCUCACCAUCUGGACCAUCGCCACCAUCGCAGUCGGCAUCCUGUCCGGCUUUUUCGUCAAAGACAUCAUAUGGCAGAUCUUCGUGCCGGACGUCCUCUGUGUGGCUGCGCUGAUGCCACUGAUUGGCUUUAUUCUGGGAUAUGUUAUGUCUGCCGUCUGCGGACAGACUCCACGAUGCUGCAGAACCAUCUCCAUGGAGACGGGGUGUCAAAACAUCCAGCUGUGCACCGCCAUCCUGAAGGUGGCCUUUCCUCCGCAGGUCAUCGGACCCAUGUUCCUCUUCCCCCUGCUGUACAUCACAUUCCAGUGCACCGAGGCCCUGCUGCUGGCCCUGGCCUUCAGAUGUUACCAAACAUUCAAGCCGCAUACCGAGGAUAAACAGCCGUGACAACGCGGCGCUGGAGAGGGAUACAAAGAUCCUACACGGUGGGAGCGCAGCCAGUCAGAACCCUCGCUGCCUCGGUGUCACCUGCAUAUUUGUGACUCAGGCCUUUGACGGGGGUCUGAAAGACCGUCCAAUCAUUUGUAAUCACUAACACUAUAGUUAUUUAUUUAAUCAAGCCUGUACAAUGUAAACUCCUAGUAGUGCAUGUUGAAGUAGAACUGUAAUGUUUAUAAUGUAUAUAUAUAUAUAUAUUUGCACACAAAAUAUCUGAUGUAAGAAACUUUAUGGCUGAAGUCGUGUUAGCGUUUUUUAAAAAUUUCAUAAAAUUGCAAAUUUCUGA